CAAACUCUGUCUGCGCUCCUGCCAGCGAACUAAACUCCAUUAAAUUACAGUUAAAUUACCAACAUGUCAAGUUUUACAAAUGUUUUGGGUCUUUUUAUGCGCUUUUAAUCGGGUUUGCUGACUUUUUAAUGCUGUUUUGGAGGUUUCCUGCUGUAGUUGGUGGUGUGACGGUUACAGGAUCCACGUCGGUGCUCAUCAGGUCCUAAUGAAUCCAGGACCAUAAUCAAUCACCUCCUGUGAUCUGAUCUGGUGAGAAUGGCGGACAUGGCGAGACUCGUCUCUGAAGAGCCCAGAAGGUUCAGCCCAGAAGAUUUUAAUCCGUGCCGGCUGGAGAUCGACAGGAAGUAUGACAUCAUCCCCGCUGUUAUUUCCUCCAUGUGCUGCCUGUUUGGGAUCAUCUACUGCUUUUUCGGUUACCGAUGCUUCAAAGCCAUCAUGUUCCUGUCCGGCCUGCUGUUCGGCUCGGUGAUCAUCUUCCUGCUCUGCUACAAAGAGCGAGUGGUCGACACCCAGCUGAGCGUGGAGGCCAGCGCGGGCAUCGGCCUGGGCAUCGGCCUGCUGUGCGGCCUGGUCACCAUGAUGGUGCGGAGCGUCGGCCUCUUCAUGACCGGCAUCCUGCUGGGUCUGCUGCUGGCCAUCGCCGGCCUGCUGCUCACACACCAGCUCUACACACCCAGCACACUGUGGGUGCCCGUCGGUGCCCUCCUCGGAACUGGCAUGCUCUUCGCCGUCCUAACUCUGCAGUGGCAGAAAUGCUUCACCCUCCUCUCCACGGCCGUGUUCGGCGGCGCCAUCAUGACCGUGUGCGUCGAUUAUUUCGUGGAGAUGCUGGCGCUGGUCACGCACGUGUACGACUGUCUGCGCCUGGCGUCCCCCGCGCCCCUCUGCUGGUACAGCUGGGUCAUCCUGGGCAUCUGGCCGACGCUCAGCGUCAUGGGAGCGCUGGUGCAGUGGAAACUCACGGCCGAGGGAUUUUCACACACUGAAGUGAUCCUCAGCAGAAGACAGAAGCGAGUCCAGCUGAUGAAAAUACGACAGAAAGACCGCAAAAAGUUGCCUCUGGCCACAGGACAGGACGGGACGUAUCGCCGUAAACACACUCCUGUAAAACGCUACGCUGGAGAUCUGCUAGCACCGAGUUACCUUCAGAGUCUCCGGGACCGGCAGAACGGCACGGGCACGUCUAUGAGCAGCCUGAGCACCGCCAACCACACCAUGGUGGAUAUGGAUUACGACACCGGAUCCACCGUCCCGCUCACGCACACCACCCCGGCCGUACGAGCCUGAACGUGAGCCGCGUACCACAGCGGGACAGAUACUGAGACUGCGUAAUGCACGGUACUUCGCAAGGAAGGUCAGAUCAAGGUCAAACGUCCAGCAUCAGGAACUGCGUUAGUUGUUUUCUGAUAUCGGGACGUACCUGCAUCUGGGUUAAUAGAUGUUUCGUAUGUUUUUGUGCCUCUCACACACAUUGGUGAGCGUUUAUGCUUACAAGUCACGACGUCGGUGUGUAGGGACGCCUCGAUUCAAUACUGAGUAUCGGUAUCAGUAUCAACACCAAUACUGACACUUAAUUGCUGGAUGGGUGUGAUAUUGGAUUUGACACAUUUUCUGGCAAGAUGCAAAUCAUCCACAUCAACACAGGACCCACAGUGACCUUUAACAUCAGCGUGCAGGCGUAUGGGACAUGAGCCAAAACAUUAGGACCACCCCUUAAAAAUAGGCCGUCCUAAUGACACUACAUAUGGAUAUAUGUUCGCAACAUUAGUUGGGCUACUAAUAAAUAUCAGUCAGCAAACUAAUAACCAUCAAGCUAAUUAAACAAUAUUUAUUUUACAUUUUCUCUUCAUCAGUGUCACUGAUGCACUGCAUACCAUCAAAUUUAUCAGCAUGUCGAAGCUAGUACUGUAUCUUCCGGAUUAUGGGACCGCGUACGUAUUUUGUGCAGCCUGACCAGCCAGAAAACAAAGAACAAGCAGCAGGAAGGAGCACAAGACUGAGGCUUUCAGUAAUCCCUGGUUGGUAAUGCUCAAGCAGCUGGUUAUUCAGUUAUAAUCGCUAAAUCAUAAAAUCUGGACCUACUGAGAGGAAACGGAACCGAUUUACACAUUCAAUAUUUUAUAUGCCUUUCAUUCACUCCGGAAAAUACAGUCUUCAUGUUUGUUUUUAAUGUCAUAAUGUUCUUAAUCUUAAAAUGAAGUGUAGGAGUGUAAAUGACGUGUGACGUCGGCACCAGAGGUGUUCCCGUCGCCUUCAUGGCUUCAAAAGCCGCCACGAGGCUCCGUUCAUGAGAAUGUUUGUCAUGUUUUAAAGUUUUGGGACUUUAUUUACUUCGUAAACUUAUACACAGCAGUGACCGGUGUGUGAGUGACUCAGUGUGCGUAUACACCAUACGGUCAAAAGUAUGUGGACACCCGAGCAUGAGCUUGCUGGACACCCGCUCUCCCUCCCAGUCCCAACAGCUUUCAUUCUGAACGCAAAAAUUUUGGAGCGCAUUCGUUAAGAAUGUGCGCACAUAGUUCAAAAGAGCAUUUGUGUGUGUGUGUGUGUGUGUGUGUGUGUGUGUGUUGGGGGGUCAGUGCGUAAGGCACUGAUGUUGUACUCGUAAUCAACAUCGCAAAUUAUCACAGAGGUGUUGAAUGUGAUUGAGGGUGGGGCUCUGUGCAGGCCACUGAAGUGCCCUCACACCCCAGCUAAUCAAAGCAUGGGGGGGGGAGGCAGUCAUGCUGGAACAAGAGAGGGCCUUCCCCAAACUGCUGCCACAGUCACAAGCAUAUGAUUUGUUUUGUAGAAUUGAUAUCAUACAGCUGUUAGUGAUGGGUGUGACCCAAACAUUUGAGCCUAAUAAUAUAGGGUGUUCAGAUACUUUUGAGUGUGUGUGUGUGUGUUUGAAGCAGUUCCUUGUAAGCUAUUGGAUUGUACUAUAGUGUGUAAUUGCAGCUCCGAUUCACGUGUACAGUUUUACACACAGGUGCUCAGCAUUUUUAUUCUGAAACGUUUCAUCCAUCUGACGUCAUUUCAGUAGGAGAUCUGGACUCACUUUCAUUGUUUAUUAUAAUAAAUCCUCAAUUUUAUUUCUGAUCCACUGCAGGAUUUGUACUGAAGUGCUCGGCUUUACUAGUAAAUCAGUCCUAGAUGGUUCUUGAUGGUUGUAGUAGGAAUGGUGUGUGUGUGUGUGUGUGUGUGUAAGAAGCCUGGUGAUUUGACUAAAAAAAUCUGAAUCUGAAUUGUGAUCUUCAACUCUUCAUCUCCGCUGUGAAGCAUUGUCAGUGCUUUUAUCCAGAAUGGUGUGUGUGUAGUGUUUAUACAGUGUGUGUGUGUGUGUUACAACCUGUCUUUGUCACUCACUUAGGACACGAAUCUUAAUUUGUAUAAACUGUUUAUAAAAGAUUCAUAAAGACGUCUUGCUGAAUGAA